UAGAGGAAUAGUCUUAUUGCAGCUGGAAUAUGGGAUUGAGAAACCGCUAACUAGGCAAAACGAUAAAAUAGUCACUUGCUGUCUAAAGUUUGGGUACACUAUUAGCUUUCCUUAGCGCGCUUCUUCAAACAUGGCGUCCUUAACGACUUCAACCGCCUUGUUUCUCAAGUCGUACCUCUAGCCGUUUCAUAGAGACUGGGCGCGCAUUCGCUUUUCCUUUCUUCGCGUUUCGCCAGGAAGCGAACCGACUCACCGGCGAUGAGCUCCCCAUCGAAGUUUGGCAGCCGUCAAUGUGUUUCUCGGUCUACGUCCUACAAUGGAACCGUAAAUGGGUGCACAACGCAGCUACCUACCUCGAGUCCGACGAAGCGGUCCACUCGCAAGUUGUUCAACGGCGUCGUCGCAAACGACCUAGGUGUUCAAGACGGAAGCAAAGUUUUCAGCAAGUGUCCACGCUUAGUUGUGAGGCGGCUGACCGACGAAGAGGUUCUUGCCGCCACUGGUUACUCUCAGUGGAACGAGUCGGCGCCGGUACAAGAAUAUGAAGUGGAGGAUGUCCUGGAUAUAAAGAAAGAGAAGGGUCAGACGCGGUUUCUCAUCAAAUGGAAGGGCUGGAGCGAUAUCUACAACUCCUGGGAAACUGAAGAUGCAGUGCAGAAUUGUAUGGCCUUAGUACUAGAAUGCUGUGUUCGGACAAAUUCUAGCUAUAAGAAUAACCUGAUUCAGAGGGCACUUCGACUUGCCUGCAAUGCUCAAGACCCCGACGUUGCUGUUUUAAGCAAGCUUGCUGGCUUCACCAUACCGGACAACGGCUUCAUCCGGAAGCAGGACAUCAGCGACAUGAGAAAACAGGUCCUGCGCCUGUCUCCACAUCGGCCAGCACAGCUGACACGCAUUGCGAAGGCAUUUGGGUCGUGGGAGUUGUUUGUGGCAACAGUCGAGGAGCGGCAUGCACUGGCCCACACCAUCCGCAAGUGGGAAACGUAUAUCCAGGUCGCCUCUGGUACAUACGAGGCCAACACAACGAAGCCUCUCCUGCGCGUAGAGAACAACGUUGACCAGGAAGCGCCACCACCUGGCUUUGUCUACAUAAGGGACUUCCUGCCGGGACCUGGAGUCUCAUUCCCUGACGAUCCCAAGAUGGGCUGCAGUUGUGAGAACUGCUACAUGGACCGCAAGGGCUGCUGCCCAGCCUACAACGACGUCAAGUUCGCUUACACAGCCAGUGGCACCUUGAGUGCACCCUUCGGCAGCCCCAUCUUUGAGUGCAACCGCCUGUGCCGAUGUGACAUUAACUGUCCAAACAGAGUUGUGCAGCGAGGCUGCAAGAUUCCACUUACUAUCUUUAGGACAACGAAUGGUCGGGGCUGGGGCGUUCGGACAGAGCAGCGCAUCAACAAAGGCACGUUUGUGAUGGAGUAUUUGGGCCAGGUGAUCACGGAUGAGGAAGCUGAGAAACGUGGCAAGUGGUAUGAUGACCAUGGAACAACGUACCUGUUUGACCUUGACUAUCACCUACAAGAUGAUUCAAUGGAUCAAGGAACCAUGUACACAGUGGACGCUGGAACGUAUGGAAACAUCGCCCAUUUCGUGAACCAUUCUUGUGAGCCAAACAUGGCGGUCUGCAUGGUGUGGAUAAACAACCUGGACCUCCGAAUGCCGCGCCUGGCGUUUUUUACAAACAGAGACAUCUGCAUUCACGAGGAGCUCACUGUGGACUACAAGAUGUCAUGUGGAGGAACAGAAGCAACGCCGGACUCCAAGAAGAGUCAUCCCCACACUAAAAUCCGCAUUGAGUGCAAAUGUGGGGCAAAGAACUGCCGAAGAUUUCUGAACUGAUGACAGCGAUGGAGGCAUCUUCAAGCUUCGCAUGGGAAAGUGGUGCAACUAUGAGAUGGAAUGGGUGCACUGUCAUGUGCGUGUGUGUGACCGUCCACUCCCCCUCCUAACAUUGGCCAUUUGCAAUCCUUGUUUCGACCGGUUAUCACACGUUAGGUCUGUGCAGUGGCCAGUGACUUAGUUCUCAUUACCUCGUGCUUUGGGCAACCAGACCAGGAUCAUCAUCUGAUAGCCCUUGUUGGGCUUCAUAGGCCAGCUCAGCUACAGCAUUGAUGCUGCCACUGAUAUAGAAGUUCUGGUAAGGUCGUUUUGUUGCAUUGUCAUAGGCACAGGACCAUAUGUCUUUAAGGGGAGCACCUCAAGUGCUCACAACAGCUUUUGGCCCAUCGUUCAUUAGUAAGUAUUGGUGUAAUGAAUCAAAGCAACAUAUUUUCCAAGAAAAUAAUUAAUUUGGACUGUUUACUGACGAGGGGUUUUCCCUGAAGAGCCAACAACUUUGUACAAGUGCUUGCAGGUGGCACAAGCUGUUGUAAAGUCUUACUAGAUACAUCAUAGAUACAUGAAGUUUGAACGAGGACAACUCAAAGGUGCAUGAAAAAAGAAACGUUCGAAGACUGGUUGAGGCAUGUGAAACUGUUGUGGGGUCAUAUUAAAUCCAUCUUACGAUACACUGCCUUUACUGAAUGUGCAAACAUGACAGUUUUGGUGUCUGAACUCCCAUGAACCAACAUUCUUUCAUUUGGGCUCGUGUCCAAGUUGCUCUGGUCAUGUUUUGCUUGUACACUGUAGUGCAUUAUUUGCAUAACUGUGUGUGGUUCACUAAGACAAUGUGAAAUAAUUUCAUCCACAUUUGUUACAAACCAUAGGACUUCUCUUUUUCCAUUCAGGAGAAAGCAGUGUUAACUGUGGUAUUGUCUUCAGGUCUCUCAGUUUUUUUCCUCUUUUAUUUUUAAAGAUUCCAUGUGGAAAAGGUAUUCACUCCGACCAGAGCUACUCAUGAUUUAGGGGUUUAUUAUUUUAUUUUUUGACAUGUGGUUAUAACUCCCUUGAUUAACAGUUAAAAAAAAUAAAUAACUGCUGAUAACUUA